AUGUCAUCAUCUAUGAGUGUAAAUUCACUCAUAGGGAAACAAGAUGACCCAUCAACAAUACCGCCUCAAGAACAACAACAACAUCAGCAACCACCACCACCACCAUUUCCAGAGUCAUCCCCUCCUCAACCACAACGACCACCUCCACCACAAUUGGCACCACCACCCGCGAUUCAAUCAACUCCAAUUCAAACUUAUCGUCUUUCAUCUACUCCAGCCGCAGAUAUAACUUCAACACCAUCAAAUGCAUUCAGAAAUAUAGAUCAAACUGGUUUAUUAUCUAUAUUAGGUCCUCAAGUUUCUCAUUUUCCUUAUUCCGAACAAUCCUAUAUUGAAUUAGUUAAAUUUAAAACUGAACAAGAAAAAACUAAACAAGAUUAUUAUAAACUUGAAAUAGCUAAUAAGAAUUUAUCUAUUAUUCAAACUAGUUUAAAAGCUCAGAUACCAUUGAAUUUAAUUCCUUUAAUGUGUGUUGGAAAUCAAACAGCAACGGAAGUUCAACAACAACAACAACAGCAGCAACAACAAUUACAGCAGCAACAGCAACAACAGCAAGCUCUGCAACAACAACAACAACAAGCUCAACAACAGCAAGUUCAACAGCAGCAAGCCCAGCAAGCCCAACAACAACAACAGCAGCAGCAACAAUUACAACAACAACAAAUUCAACAACAAUUACAAAUGCAACAACAAAUACAACAUCAACAACAAUUACAACAGAUGCAAUUACAACCACCACCGCCUCAAUUCCAAAGGGCUCAUAGUAGAUCUGGCAGUUAUUCCGACACGUUGAAUGCCAAUCCAAUACCCCCUAUGAAUUAUAGAUUUGGUGGAGGGUCUACUUUACCACCUGCACCUGGUCCACCACAGGGAAGCUUGAAAAGACCAUUAUCACCAGCGAGAAUUGGAGCACAAGCUGUUGCAAAUUUAGCCCAACCAACUUCAUCAAGUUCAGCAUUUCGAAACUCUCCAGCUGGAAGGAAAACAAGAUCUUCUACAAUGCAUCAAAGACAUUAUUCCAUGCCAGUUGAAUCCCCCAGUUUAAGUUCUAGGAAAAUUGAACCUAUCGAUACACAAAAUUUACAACCUUCAAGGGAACAACUGGGAGAUCCAACUUUACUUCAUUCACCUUCAGGGGCAACUUCAAACAUUCAAGUUAAGCCUAGUCCUGCUCAACCUUUACAUAAACAAAGCAAGUUAAAUCAACCUCCAUCACAAGAAUCAAUGACUUCUUUUCAACAUAUAAUCCAAUUUCAUCAUUGGAAACCAGAAAGUCCAUCAUCAGUAGGAACAGCAACGUCGAAUUCACCCACUAACAAUCCUUUCAAAGUUCAAUCCCCUUCAACAGCAGCAACUUCAUCAUCUCCAUCAGGCCCAACUCACAAGCGUCAUAAAUCCAAUGCUGAGGGAGGUGGAUCUCUCGAUCUUACUUCGUCAACUGAAUUGAGACCACCACAAUCUGGUUCAUCAUCUACAAUGUCAAGGUUAUACCGGUCCGAGUCAUCAAAACAAUCGAUGGCCUUGGCAGAAGACAUUGAAGAAGAGGAAGAGGAUGACGAAGCAAUCGAUGAACAUGAUGGUAAAGAUGACCCAGCGGAUAUGACCAUAGAUUCAAGUGCUGAUAUGCCAAGUUCAAAGCUUGUACCUCGUGGAGACAAUGAAUCUGAUCCGGCUGUUAAUCCACCUAAAGUUCCCGGUCAUGAAAGGCAACAACUGAAUAUCGGUCGUUAUCCUCAUGAUAUACUAUCACCAUCCACCAAAUAA